AUGACAAAAGUGCUCAUGCGCGAUUUAAUGGACGUGCUUAAUCAUGGGUUAACAAACGAUCUUACAGAACUAUUUGCGAUCGGCACGAAACGAGCCCAGCUGAUAAUUAAUGAGCGACCGUUUUACCAGCUAUUUGAACUUGAAAAAGUGCUAGGUAUAUCCAAGAAGGCAGUUGUAAAACUCUAUGAACAUCACACGAGUUGGGAAAAUCAUCAGGUGUAA